AUGGCAUUAAUUACAAAACUGGACGAUUUACCAGAUCUAUUCUUUAUUGAUCUGUUUAAUUAUUUAUCUUCCACUGAUAUUCUUUGGGCAUUUACUAAUUUAAAUAAUCGUAUUCAAACACUAAUCAAUGAAAGAGGUUACUUUCGUCACAUCAAUUUAUCAUCAGCACGUUUGUCAAAAUUCGAUAGACUUCUUUCUAUACUUCCAUUGAAUCAAAUUGAAACACUGAUCAUUGACAUAGAAGCAUCACCUCUUCAACUUUCUCGCUGGCCGUAUUUGCCUCAUUUGACAACAUUACGAUUAUAUCGUUUACGUGACUUUACAGAUGCUACCAAUUUCAUCCUUCGUCACUCAACUUCACUCAAACAUCUCACAUUGGAAACGAACGAUUUAUUUAUGCAAUGUGGCUCUACGGGUUAUAUUUGGCAUCCUAGAGAACGUCUUCCAACACUUGUGGAAAAUGUUUUGCCACAUUUGAGUGCACUUCGUUCGCUCGAUUUAGGUCAAGAUACUGGAUUCGGCCUUACGACUUGGAACAUUACUACAAUACAAAGUCCUCUCAAUUAUCUUCGUGUAUCGUUGGAACACAUACCACGAUUAUGUCAUGUUAUAACAAGAGAUACACUUUCAACUACAUUAGAACAAUUGCAUGUAACAUUGCGUAGUUCACAUGUGAGAGAAAAAAAUAGUAUACCUAAAGAAUUGGUCUUAUCUAAAAUGAUCAAUCUGCAUACAUUCACUUUGGUUCAAUCGGUAUUUACCUUUAUAUAUAAUAGAAUUGAAUGGUCAACUAUUGAAUCACUAACAGCUCCAAAUGUGAUGCCCGUCCUUCGACGACUAAAUUUGGCUAUUUUAAUAGCUAUCGAUGAUUUCGAUUGUAUCAAUAGAUCAUCACUUUUCAUAGAUGAUCGUCGAAUCGAUAUUCAAUUCGCUCUUAUUAUAGCUGAUACUUCUCUAGGUAAUGAAUUAAGAUAUUCUUUACCACAUGGUAGUCGUUUUCAUCCACGACAAAUAGUUGGUGUAACUUGUGUUUACAAUCAUUAUCCAUGGGCUUACAAUGUUUGGUACACUUUACCAUGGGCAUUUGAACAAUUCUUCUUCGAACCGGCUGAUCUAAGUCAAUAUAUAACUAAAGUAGAAGUAUUUUCUCUACCUUCAUCGUACUCAUCUAUUAUUAGUUCAUCUCGACUUCGUAAGCUUAGUAUAUCACAAAAUAACUCAUUACCAUCAAUUACUUCAAUGCCUCAUGUUGUGCGAUUAGAUCAUAUUAACGCAGUUCAGUUAUCAUUUCAUGAUUGGCCAACUGAUUUAAAUCUUCUUGCUCUUCGUCAUCUUACAUUAAUAAAUAAUCUCAUUACAUUGAAAAACUUCUCUUCAUUUCCAUCUAAUAUUCGUUCUAUUCAAAUUCUACUUUUUAGUGAUAAGCCGAAUUUCAGCGCAAACAAUUGGUCUAUAUUGCGUUCACUUUCAACCUUAUCAAUGCUGACCUCAUUACAUAUCGUUAUAAAUGACAUGGAUACAGGUCUUGAUGAUAUUAGUUGUCAGAUUAUUGCAGAAACAGUGCCAAUAUUCGCUCAUUUUGGUAUUUAUUUACGAAGCAAACAUGGACUGCCGGAACCUGAUUCUAUUGGCCGUUGUAUCGAACUUGAUCCUGUCAUAGUCGAUCUUCUUCUUAAUGAUCCUACUCUUCUUGUUACUGACGAUGAUGAAGAAAGUGUAGAUUUGACAUUCUUGGAAUCAAUAUUUGAUAUUUACCGGGCAUCUAUCAAAGAACUGCAUAGUCGUAUUUUACGUUUAACAUUUCCUCAGAAACCUGUAUUUGUUGUUGAAGAAGAAGGUUGUGGACUAACUGUUUGGUUUUGA